GGAUGAGUUCGUUGUCGGAGGCCGGGGCAGCGACGGGGACGGCGAAGGUGGCGUGCGUGACGGGCGCGUCGGGAUACAUCGCGUCAUGGAUCGUCAAGCUCCUCCUCGCCCGCGGCUACACCGUGCGCGCCACCGUCCGCGACCCUGAUGACACCGAGAAGACAGCGCACCUUCGCGCCAUGGACGGAGCUGGAGGCUGGCUCCACUUGUUCAGAGCCAACUUGCUAGAAGAAGGGUCUUUUGAUGCCGCGGUUGACGGUUGUCACUGCGUGUUCCAUACAGCUUCUCCAGUCCUUCCAGAUGCUGAAGAUCCACAGGCCGAGCUAAUUGAUCCUGCACUAAAGGGGACACUAAAUGUGCUGAGUUCAUGCAAGAAAGCCUCAGUGGAAAGGGUAAUUUUAACAUCAUCCAUGGCUGCUGUCAGAGUGAACGGGCGACCAAGAACGCCUGAUGUAGUUGUUGACGAGACAUGGUUCUCAAGCCCUGAAGUCUGCAUGAAAGAGCAGCGAUGGUAUGCCCUGUCCAAGACCCUUGCGGAGGAGGCUGCUUGGACUUUUUCAAAGGAUUCUGGACUUGAUCUGGUCACGAUAAACCCAGGAUGGGUAAUUGGCCCCCUACUGCAACCUAAAUUGAACAUUGGUGCCGAAGCAAUCAUGAAAUUAAUCGACGGAACACCUACGUAUCCUAAUGUAAGUCAUGAAUUGGUGAAUGUUAAAGAUGUUGCGAUGGCACAUGUCCUUGCUUAUGAAGUUCCAUCAGCAAAAGGAAGGUAUUGCAUGGCUGAGAGAGUUAUGCACUAUUCUGAGCUUGUAAAGAUCAUACAAGAUAUGUACCCCUCUAUUUGGGUACCAGACGAGUGUGCAGAGGACAAUCCAUUUGUCCCAAAAUUUCAGGUGUCCAAGGACAAGAUAAUAAGCCUGGGAAUCAAGUCGACCCCGCUGGAAACGAGCAUCAUGGAGACUGUUGACAGCUUGAAACAGAAAGGAUUUGUUAAAUUUUGAAAUGAACGAGCUAUGUAGUUAUGCUGACAUUUGUGCUAUGAGUUGUAACA